AUGUCUAUAGAAAUAGAAUCCGCCGAUGUCAUUCGUCUCAUUCAGCAGUAUUUGAAAGAAUCUAACCUCACGAAGACAUUGCAAACUUUACAGGAAGAGACAGGUGUUUCUCUCAAUACUGUGGAUAGUGUUGAUGGAUUCUGUGCAGACAUCAACAAUGGUCACUGGGACACAGUACUAAAAGCGACAGCCUCCCUCAAGCUACCAGACAAGAAACUGAUGGAUCUCUACGAGCAGAUUGUGUUGGAACUCAUAGAGUUACGUGAGCUCGGGGCUGCCCGCACGCUGCUGAGACAGACACAACCUUGCUUACUCAUGAAGCAACAGGAGACAGAUAGAUACAUGCAUCUAGAGAACAUGCUAGCACGUUCAUACUUCGACCCUCGCGAGGCGUAUGGAGGUGCACGGGGCGGGGCGGGUGGUGCAGGGGCAGCAGGGGCGGGCGGCGCGGGGGGUGGUAAAGAGUGGAGACGCUCAGCGCUGGCGGCCGCGCUGGCCGGCGAGGUGUCCGUGGUGCCGUCCUCGAGGCUCUUGGCACUGCUGGGGCAGGCGCUCAAGUGGCAACAACACCAGGGGUUGCUUCCACCCGGAACUACUAUCGAUCUUUUCCGGGGCAAAGCGGCUAUUAGGGACGAGGAAGACGACCAGUGCCCGACGCAGCUUUCAAAAAUUAUAAAGUUUGGUCAAAAGUCACAUGUCGAGUGCGCAAGAUUCUCUCCAGACGGGCAGUAUCUAGUGACGGGUUCCGUGGAUGGGCUGGUCGAGGUGUGGAACUUCACGACUGGCAAGAUCCGUAAGGAUUUGCGGUACCAAGCGCAUGAUGAGUACAUGAGCAUGGACGAAGCCGUACUCAGCCUUGCAUUCGCACGCGACAGCGACACACUAGCCGCUGGCUCCAACGAUGGCAAGAUCAAGGUGUGGAAGGUGUCGACGGGGCAGGUUCAGCGAAAAUUGGACCGCGCGCACGCAAAGGGUGUCACUUGCCUGCAGUUUACGCGUGACAACAGUCAGAUACUCUCUGCCUCAUUUGAUCGCACUAUCAGGAUACAUGGACUAAAAUCGGGCAAAAUUCUGAAAGAAUUCCGCGGUCACACGUCCUUCGUCAACGAGGCGGUGUUUACUCCCGACGGACACAGUGUCCUCAGUGCGUCGUCUGACGGAACCGUAAAAGUGUGGUCGGUGCGCACGGGCGAGUGCACGGCGACGCUGAAGCCGCUGGGCUCCGGCGAGCCGCCCGUCAACUCGCUGCUGCUGACGCCCAAGAACCCCGACCACUUCGUGGUGUGCAACCGCACCAACACCGUGGUCAUCAUGAACAUGCAGGGCCAGAUCGUGCGCUCGUUCUCCAGCGGCCGGCGCGAGGAGGAGGGCGGCUCGCUGGUGUGCGCGGCGCUGGGCGCGCGCGGCCGCCUGGUCUACUGCGCCGGGGAGGACCUCGUGCUGUACGCCUUCUGCGCGGCCAGCGGCAAGCUGGAGCGCACCAUCAACGUGCACGAGAAAGCCGUCAUCGGAAUGACCCACCACCCGCAUCAGAACCUGCUGGCGACUUACGGCGAGGACGGGCUCCUCAAACUGUGGAAGCCUUAAUUGUGACUUUCUAAUGAACGUUGGCUGCAGACAUGACGGAGUGUGACUUGUGAAUAUGAGAUAAUUUUAAUGUUAAGUGAUCAUUAUGUUAGAAAAAUUAAACAACUAUAACACCGAA